CUCGCUGCUCUCCUGUCUGGGAAGGGUGUGUGUGUGUGUUUAAUCCACCUGGAUGACAACGGCUCUUGGGUUGUACGUUUAUUUCUUUCAUUUGACCAAAGAACACGAGCUUAGUGUUGGAGGAAGAAGAGUAUAAAUGAGAGCUGAGUGUCAGAGCGGUUGUUGUUGAUGCUGUUUUGUGGGAAUGUUAAAGUCACACUCGGAGUUUCGGACUUGGAAACGCGUUUGUUCAUUUCCUGUUGCUGAACGCGGGGAACAACACACUCUCCCUCCUCCCUGAAAGUUCAGUUUGGGAUGCCAAAUAGCAUUUGAUUCAGUGUGUGAAGAUGAGUGUGACCUCAUGGUUUCUGGUGAGCAGCUCAGGCACACGUCACCGUUUGCCUCGAGAGAUGAUCUUCGUUGGCCGGGAGGACUGCGAGCUGAUGCUGCAGUCUCGUAGUGUGGACAAGCAGCAUGCUGUAAUCAACUACGACCCGACCACAGACGAGCACCUUGUUAAAGACCUGGGCAGUCUUAACGGGACAUUUGUGAACGAUCUUCGCAUUCCUGACCAGACCUACAUCACCCUGAAGCUCUCGGACGUUGUUCGCUUUGGAUAUGAUUCUCAUGUUUAUAUCAUGGAGCGAAGUCAACACAAAGUCCCAGAGGAGGCUCUUAAGCAUGAGAAGUACACGAGUCAGCUGCAGGUGGGCGUAAAUCCUCUGGAGCUCGGGAAGGCCGAGCAGGCAGACGAGAAGAACAGCACUGCAGACCUGCAGCAUUCCAGACACGACAAGAGCGAGCGCAAAUCCAAUAUCGGUACCAUCAACUGCCCUAACGAGCCACCGGUCUUCAAGCCCACUCCUUUAUACGGCCAGCCCUCUUGGUGGGGUGAAGACGAAGAUCACAAGGGUGAACACUGUGAAUCAGGCAGCAAUCACAGUAAUGCAGAAAAACAGAAGGAAGGCUCCAAACAAGAGGCUAAUGGACCCCCCUCUGAACAACAUGGAAAGACCAUUUACUCCAAUCGAAGGGAUGCAAACUACUUUGAAAUUACCACCAAGGAAUUGCUAUCAAGGCCUAAAACUACCGAGCAAGAGGUCCAGGUGAUCCCAACAAAAGACACAGUCAAUAAAGUGCCAUCAACACCCCCUGUAGUGCAGAGCCAUGCCUCCUUCACCAUUGAGUUUGAUGAUGGCACUCCCGGAAAGAUUAAAAUCAAAGACCACGUCACGAAAUUCUCCUUCCGUCAACGCAAGCACCCCAGCAAAGAGUCACUUGGUGCUCCAACAGAGGUGAUGUCAUCAGAGAGCAAGGUGGCUGAUUGGCUGGUGCAGACUGACACAAGCAUGAUAAGUAGACAUUUUCAAUCAGAUGAUCUUUACACCACCAAGAGUGACCUUUCCAUGAACAAAAACACUCUGAAAGAUGGACACCAGCAUGAGGAUGGAACACAAAGCAACUCUGAAGAUCCUGUCUCAAAUUCUCCGGACGUCUCAAGAGAGCCACCUCUUCAGCAUCUUUUCACUCCUCCAGAGAAAGAGGAACCUCCCAUGACCUCUACACCACGCUGUCAAACUCAACCUAAAAAGGACCCCAAACAAGCUUUUGUCAUCAAUUUACUUGAUGAUGACGUUCCCAGGGGUCGAUCUCACUCCUUUACCAACAACAUGUCUCCAGCAGAAUCCCAUGCCGCUCUUAAAAGAAGAACAGAGAAGACAAAGGGAGCUGCCCAAUCUGGAGAGAGUUUAAGCUCCUCAGCUGUGCAGAACACACCCACUCAGCGGUUUACUGUACCUCUUAAAGGUUCUGAAGGUUCUCAGAGAGGUGGAAUGCUGAGAAGAGAGAAGAGUGAUAUUCUAGGCAGUACUUCGAACUUUUCUUCUCGCUCAGCUUCCUCAAAACCAUUUGCAAGCGUGGGGCGCAAAUCCAGAAUGGCAUUGGAUUUUAUGAGCGAGUUUCUCAAGGUAUCAAAAUCCAGUUCCACUGUGAAGUCUGGGAAAUCUUCAUCCUCUACGCACUCAAAGGCUUCCAACAUGGUUUCAGUGAGAGCAGAUAAUUCUACCCAGUCUCAACCCUCAGCCAUGGAUCAGACUUAUGUUUUAUCAUCUUCCCAACAUUUAGAACCUUCCGAAACCUUACUUCCACCCACAUCUACCAAUUGCACAGUUGGAAAGACCCCUAAGGGUUCCAGGCAAGAAGAGGAGGACACCUUGAGUGAUACUGGCACCUACACCGUUGACACAGAGGGACCCAAUAAAGAGGUGGAGGAGGCACGUAACAUGAUUGAUCAGGUGUUUGGUGUUCUUGAGUGCCCUGAGCCAUCAGCAGAAACAGUGUUUAGGUCUGUAGAGGGUGACAGAGAGGCCCAGGAUAGCCUUCCACUUAGUAAGAAUAGUCCUGGCCCUACUCUGGGUCAUAACCCAGGCUGUAGUGACCCGGCCUUGGGUCCAGCACAGGAAAGGUCAAUGAUAUUGACUACUGGGGACAGUAAAUGGGUUUCACGGUGGGCCAGUUUGGCUGACAGCUAUUCUGUCUCGGGUCCAAUUUCAGGACAAGUUGACAUUUCUACACAGAUGGAUCUUUCAGCUGUCGUUCCUCGGUCUGUGCAUACCCGAGCCAACGAGAGCAUGGGGGCAGAGGACAGCCAGACUUUCAGAGCACAACGAUUUCUACCUCAGUUGCGCCCAAGAGAGGAGGGGCAAAUGCAAGCACCUAGUGUUCAUGUACAUUCAGCUUCUAACCUGACUUACGACAAUGUGGAGAGGAACCUACAAAGUUCUUCGCGAAAAGAUCCUCAGAAACUGUAUGUCACAGAUGAUCUUGAUCCAGACAGUCUGAGUGAUGCUAGCAAAUCAGAUGAUGGCUCCAUCAUAGACCAGGUUAGAAAAAGUAGCGCUGGAAAAACAGGAAAGAAUUGGUCAGAGGUUAAAGCUGAGGCAUCUAAACAAGAUCUAUUGGCAAAUCAAAAUGUGAAGGAUCAAGAUACUACCACAAAGUUCUCUACAGCUACUAUAACUAGACAGUAUGGCAGUCGCCAGUCUGGUGAUUUCAGCGUUUCCACCUCUGGCAAGGAUGCUUUAACAAGCAUGGAAAAUGCUGUGCCACUCAUCAGACAAGAGAGUUUUACCAAGCAUCGGUCCAGCGAUGACAUUCACUUUAUGAAAUUGCCCCAUAUUUCAAGUCCAGAAUGUAUCAAUGAUACAAAUGCAUUCAAAGGUGUGUGCAGCCAAGAUACUCAGUCUUACCUUAAAGACACAGAGAAUGCGCUCGCUGUUUUAGAGACCAAACUUCAAAUGCAGAAGCACAGUGGCCCUGCAUGCCCUCUGGAGGACUCGCUGUCUGGAGAAUCAGAUGUAGACACGUCUAGUACAGUCAGCCAGCCUAGUGGUCAGAAUUCUGACGUAUCUGCCGCCAAAAAGCCAGUGAUUCUCAGUCACCUGCUAAAGGGGAGAAAACCUGCUAGUCAGCAUGCUCAAGAGCAGAACACGUCUGGCCAUCCUCAGUCUGGGAAGUGUAGGCUCAGUUCAAGAGACAAUAAUUAUAAGGAAUCAGGUAAGACCUCUCAGAGCUCCACUUUGCAUCAGUCGUCUGAUGCUGUUUCAGACCAGGAGUCUAGCUCUCAACCAGUUCAUAGAAAGUACACCAUCCCCCUUCGGAAUGAAAGCUCUAGGAGAUCUCUCAAAGGGACAGUGAGCCAAGUGCUAGCUCGCUCUGGCAGUCUUUCUGCACCGAAACCUACAAGAACAUCCAUGCUCCGCCGUACCCGCCUGGGUGACAGCUCUGACAAAGAUAGUACAGAGACUGACCGCACCUCUCAGAACUCUGAUGCCACUUCUUCUUCCACUAGAACUCAGGAGAGCAAGAGGCUUUCUCGGCUAGACAUAUUGGCUCUCCCGAGAAGGAGAACCAGCUCUUUCACUACACCCAGCGACUCGGAGUCCUCGGCUGGUAGAACUGGCUUUUCCAACCGCUCAGAGGCCGAGCCUGCUUACUCGGCACGUAAAGCUUCGGUACCUGACAUCAAGAAUGGUACACAGAGAGGUUCUGAGACUACGGGCAGGCAACCAAUCAUCCGUGGGCGGUCCAGCAGUGCAAAAUAUGCCAGCAGUACAGCCAGCUCCAGGAGACGUCAGAAGGGCUCAGACUACGCCUCCACUUCAGAGGAAGAGUAUGAAUCUAACCAUAGCAUUGCUAAAAAUAAACGAUCCCACCAUUCAGGAGCCUUGCACAGCUCUCGAACACAGACUCCUAACCAGGUUCGCCCACCAUCAAGAAGCAGGGAAUCUGAAGGAGAAGGACAUGAGAGCGACAACUUCCAGAACUGGACAACUCAUAGUGCAGAGAUUGCCAGGCUGAGUCAGGACCUGGCUAAAGACUUGGCCAUACUGGCGCAGGAAAUUCAUAAUGUUGCUGGCGAUGGUGAAACUCAGAAUACUGCAUCUGCUGAUGCUGUGGAGCCUGUUUCAGCUGGCAAGGAGUUACGGCAGCAGAUUCCUGACCCCAGCAUAAACUACUCUAAAGUUCUCCAAAGUUCAGCUGUGUGCAGGAAUCCUGAUCUGACUGUUCAUGAUCAAGGGCUCAAACAGCGAAGCUGGAAUCAGGAACAGGUUGCUCUGGAUAAUUCGAUGCUGAAUCCUGUCUCGCAGCUUUCCAUGGCUAUCCGAGUAAACACUGAGCAACUGACUGAGAAGAUCAAACUUCUGUUCUAUAAUAAGACAGAGGUGUGGGAGGAAAUAGAGACCAUGCUCGAUGCUGCUGAUGAUUCUCCACCAUUGGAAAGUCCAAACAAGGAGAUCAUGUCUAUUAUCCGAGAUCUUAGAGGAAUUCAGAAGCGGUUAGAAGUCAUCAACACUGUCAUUGAACCGAGUGGAAAUGUAAAUCUGAUCAAGUCUUCACCUGUAUUAAGCCACUCUACAGCAGGUCUAAGCGGCUUCAGAGCUUCUCCCCGAGACUCAAGAGCCACUGCUUCUCAGCGGGCUGCAGGCCCCUCAGCUUCUGCUCGUCAUUAUGGUCGGGGGAAUGAUGGUAGGGUUCUGUAGUAUGGGAGAAAGGAAGUCCUUCGUCUUCUACUUUUCUCUACACCAUGUGUAUAAAAGCUGCUCACUUGUACACUAGUGACCAAUGAUCUGUUAUUGACAGCCUUAAAACUGGGGUUUGGUAUUAAUGUGUCCCUUUGCACGCGUGUUAGUGUAUGUGCUCACGUGUGUGUAUAUGUGCGUGAAUGUGCAUCUCUAGCACAGCAAUACAAGACUGAAUAUUUUAAGCUGGGUAUUGGGAGUAUUAGGUACUGGCACUUCUGUGGGUGUUAAACUUGUACUGUAUAAUAUUUAUAAUGACACUGUCUGACUUCACUCAUUUUGUUAUUUCCCCCAAUGAUUGUUAUUAGGUGGUAUAAUAAUUAAAUAAAGUAUUCAACAUUA